AUGGCGUUGAGGCUCGCCGCCGCGGGCGCCGCCGCGAGCGCCGUCGGCGUCGGAGCCUACGCCCGAUACGACGAGGGCACCGCGCGAUCCGUGACGUUCUGGUACCACGCCUUUCCCGUAUGGGCGCAGUACCGCGCGGUGCAGUGGCGCAACCGCGACUUGGCGAAGAUCGGGGUCCCGAGCUGGACGGGCCUGACGCUCGGGGACGCGGACGCGGACGCGGCGUACGAGCGGCUGCACGAGCGGCACGCGCUCAAGGUUCGCGACCUGGUGUUUGACAUGCGCGGGUUCUACUUCAAGAACGCGCAGCUGCUGAGCACCAGGGACGACUUCGUGCCGCGUCAGUACCUGGAGUGGUGCAAGCUCACGCAGGACCAGGCGCCGACCGAGAUGGCGCCGGGUCAGGCCGAGGCGAUCGCGCGCGCCAAGCUCGCCGAGGCCGGCCACCCGGACGCGUUCGAGUGGUGGGAGGAAGAGCCCUGCGGCGUCGCGUCCAUCGGCCAGGUGCACCGCGCGAGGCUCGCGCGUCGAUACGGGGGCAAGGACGUCGUGGUCAAGGUGCAGGCGCCGGGCAUCGAGCGAAAGUUUCGAAGCGACAUACGCACGUGCAUCGACUUCUGCAGGCUCGCGAUGCCCCAGCACGUCCCGCCCCUUGAGGAGAUCGAGAGGCAGUUCCUGACGGAGUUCGACUACCGCGAGGAGGCGAAGAACCUCGAGGAGGUGCGACGCAACGUCAUGCCCAGGUGGAGUAAAAAAGUGGAGAUCCCCGCGCCCGUGCGCCAGCUGUGCACGCGCGAGGUGCUCGUCAUGGACGCGAUACCGGGCGUCAAGCUCGUGGACGGCAUACGCGCGCGGUUCAGGGAGCUCGCGGCGUCGCGCGGCGUGGACCCUGAGGAGCUCGAGAGGGUUCAAAAGGAGAAAAUCGCCGGAGGUGAGUUGCGCCCGGCCCGGUCGGCGCGGGCCGAGGCGGCGGCGACGAGGCGCGCCAACCUCGCGCUCCGCCUGGGCGAUUGGCUGUGGCGGCGACCUCGCGCGUUCCUGAUCGGCGCGCCGUACACACCGAGCCCGUGCUUGGUGAACGUCGGCGAGGUGCUCCAGACGAUGCUCGACGUCCACGCCGACGAGAUUUUCAACCACGGCGUCUUCAACGGGGAUCCGCACCCGGGCAACAUACUCCUGAUGCCCGACGGUCGACUGGGGCUGAUUGACUACGGUCAGGUGAAGCGCGUGAACAAGGGGGCGAGGGUGGCGUACGCCAAGCUCACGCUGGCGAUAUUAGCCGAGGACAAGGCCGAGGUGGCGAGGUUGCUGAGGUCUAAACCGCCCGAGGGGUUCGGAGGCGAGAGCCGAGACAACGACGUCGACGUGGCGUACAGGCUGUGCGUCUUUUGGAACGACAGGGACACCCCGGACGUCACCGGGGGUCUGAACCUGCAGGAGUUCAUCGACGAGAUGGAGGCGAGGGAUCCGGUCCGGGUGGCGCCGCUGGAGAUGGUGAUGAUCGCGAGGGUGAGCGUGCUGUUGCGAGGAGUCGCCAACGCUUUCAACGUGAGGCUGCGGGUGGCGCGGGCUUGGGCGGGGUACGCGGAGGACUUGGUGCGGCGGGAGGAUCCGUCGUAUUACCUGUUGGCCGCGCGUGGGAACGAGCGGCGAGCGGCGGCGGCGCGUGGCGGCGAGCGGUGA